AUGCCUCGUUUUGGUGAUGCUGAGUCCAUCAUAUGGUUCGAUGUCGAGAACCACUGCAGUUACCAUUUAUUUAACUGCUUUGAGGAUGAAAAUGAGGUUGUUAUCAGAGGCUGUCGACUACUUGGUUCUAUUAUCCCUAGUGGACGCCAUAGAGUUGACAAAUCGAAAUGGUAUGGAAGGGCAUUUCUCCAACCAGAUAAGGAUUCAGAAGAUUUUGAUCCUUCACUAGAUGGCACUCUCUUUUCUCGCCCAUAUGAGUGGAGGUUAAAUUUGGAAAACGGUAGUGUACAUGAAGGUUACAUUACCAGUGAGAAAGUUGCAAUGGAUUUCCCUGUCAUUAGUGACAAAUUUGUAGGUGUUCAAAACAAGUAUGGAUAUGCUCAAGUUGCUGACUCAUUAGCCACUAGUAAAACAGGCUUGUUUAAGUUCAAGAUGAUAGCAAAGCUACACUUCAACAUGCCGGACAAGGAAAACAAACAAUUGAUCUCAGUAGAGUACCACACUUUGCAAGAGAAACAAUUCUGCUCUGGAGUUCAGUUUGUUGCAAAGAAAAAUGGAAUCGAUGAAGAUGAUGGAUGGAUAGUCACUUAUGUCCAUGAUGAGGGAACAAACAGCUCUCAGGUUUAUAUUAUCGAUGCCAAGAGAUUUUCAGAGGAGCCAGUAGCAAAAAUUACUUUGCCUCAGAGAGUUCCAUAUGGUUUUCAUGGGAACUUUUUCUACACAACAACAUUCGAUAAUGCUAAGGAAUACAGCAAUAUGUCCAAUGGUGAUAUCUGA